AUGUCUGACGGAGAUCCAUCACUUGAAGAUGAUGUACCAAAACCUUUAUUAGAGCGACCCGAAGAGAAUGUGUUUACACCCAAGAUAACGACUCCUAUUUACGCGGGUGGUGUAAAACUUCACCAUAAGAGGACGGACGCUGCUGAAACGGAAUCGUUCCUGUCCGACUCACAAAGAAAUGAACUCGCGUUCCAACAGUUAUUCCAAGACGGAGAUGGAGGUUUUGACGAAACGGAGGUGGAGGCGCAGGAGAAGAUGGCCGACAUGCAAGCGAUGUCCGUUCUCAGCACUUACCAGGACGAUCUGUCGCGGGAAAUGAACACGGAUCGGGACAACGGUAGCGAAGCGACGACCCGCUCGGCCGAAGAGUGCGGCUGCGGCGAACCAGCCACCGGCCACGGCGACGCGUCCAAUAAUAACGGGAAGUCAUCGGCGAACCACUGCUCCAUAGUGAUGGGCGGUAUACUCAACAACCCAUCGCUGACCUUCAACGAUGGCGUUCGCUCUGUGGACUUCGUGCUGGUGUGGGAGGCCGGCAAGGAGGACGCCACCACCCCUGAGGCUUACGAGCAGAGGAAGAUUUUCGAGCAGAACCUCGAGAGCGAGGGGCUGCAGUUGGAGAGGGAGGCGCCGGAGGACCUUCAUGGGCUGCACUUCGUCAAGAUACAUGCACCGUUAGCGGUUCUGAGGGACUACAGCGAAAUACUGAAACUUAGAAUGCCAAUGAAGGACUGCAGUAAGAUAAGAAAAAGUGGGAGAACGAAUGCGAUACUGAAUGCGGCCAUGUAUAUGUCGAAGUUUUCGGCUUUAAGAGACGUCCAAGAGAAAACGAACAGCUUUAUAGAUAACAUUGAAGCCUGCUGGGACAAAUGCAUGUCAAAGAUCCGAGUUGAUCCCGAAAAGUUCCCUGAGAGGAAGCAUCGGCUCACCGCCAUAUACUCAAAGGACAAGGAAUAUUUAUUCGACACGGCGUCCGACUGCUUCUGGACCCCGUCGAUCCGCUCCAGGAUCGUGCAGUUCAUCCUGGACCGCAAACGCUUCUCGGCGCGGCCUAGCGACGACUUCGCGUUCGGCAUCGCCCGUCUCAUCUCCAACAGCACGUACAGCGCUGCCUACCCGCUCCACGAUGGUGACUUAAAAACACCAGGCUCUAUGCGGCAUUUGCUCUACACGGAGUGGGCGAGCGUCUCGAAAUGUCUCAAGUAUCAGCCCUUGGAUUACGUCAAAGACUAUUUUGGAGUGAAAAUAGGUCUGUACUUCGCCUGGCUGGGUUUCUACACGCAUAUGCUCAUACCGGCCUCCAUAGUCGGGCUCAUUUGCGUCAUAUAUUCGGCCGCGACGGUCUACUCGAACACACCGAGUGAGGACAUCUGCAACUACUCGUCACCGAUCAAGAUGUGCCCGCUCUGCGACUACUUCUGCGAGUAUUGGGACCUGCGGGACACCUGCCGCCAGGCGCGCAUCACCUACCUCUUCGACAACUCCACCACGGUCUUCUUCGCCAUAUUCAUGAGCUUCUGGGCCGCUUGUUUCCUGGAGCUGUGGAAGCGGUACUCGGCGGAGAUGACCCACAGAUGGGACCUGACCGGCUUCGACGUAUAUGAGGAGCACCCGAGGCCGCAGUACCUCGCCCGUCUGGCUCACGUCAAAAGGAGACAGCUGAACGUGGUGACCGGCGAGCGCGAGCCGACGGUGCCGUUCUGGCGGACGCGGCUCCCCGCGACCCAUCUGAACGUGGUGACCGGCGAGCGCGAGCCGAUGGUGCCGUUCUGGCGGAUGCGGCUGCCCGCGACGCUGAUGUCGUUCAGCGUGGUGGCGCUGCUGGUGCUGCUGGCGCUGGCCACGGUGCUGGGCGUGGUGCUAUACCGCAUGUCGCUGCUCGGCGCGAGCAUCCUGCGCCGCAACGACAACGUGCUGCUCACCUCCAACCCCAUCAUGUUCACCACCGCCACGGCGGCCUGCAUCAACCUCGUCUUCAUCUGCAUAUUCAACUACGUGUACCAGUUCCUGGCCGAAUGGCUGACGGAGAAGGAGCUGCUGCGCACCCAAACGGAGUUCGACGACUCGCUCACGCUGAAGAUCUACCUCCUACAGUUCGUCAACUACUACGCGUCGAUAUUCUACAUCGCCUUCUUCAAGGGCAAGUUUGUGGGCCGUCCUGGGGACUACGUGAGACUAUUCGGGCACAGGCAAGAGGAGUGCGCUCCCGGCGGCUGUCUGCUAGAGCUAUCCAUCCAGUUGGCCAUCAUCAUGGUGGGGAAGCAGUUCAUCAACACCGUCGUCGAGAUGAUGAUGCCCUACCUGCUCAAGUGGUGGAACAUCAUACGCACAAUCGGACGGAAGAACCGAAUCAAAAGUCCAAUGCAGUGGGUGAAGGAUUUCAAACUCGUCGAUUUCGGGAACAUGGGUCUUUUUCCGGAGUAUCUCGAAAUGGUGCUGCAGUACGGGUUCGUGACGAUCUUCGUGGCGGCGUUCCCGCUCGCGCCGCUGUUCGCGCUCAUCAACAACGUGCUGGAGAUGCGGCUGGACGCGAAGAAGUUCCUCACGUGCUACCGCCGCCCCGUGCCGCAGCGGGUCAACGACAUCGGCGUCUGGUACCGCAUCCUCGACUCCAUCGGCAAGCUGAGCGUCAUCACGAACGGCUUCAUAAUAGCGUUCACCUCGGAGUUCAUCCCGCGGCUGGUGUACCACUACUCCACCGGCUCCCUGCAGCAGUACGUCAACCACACGCUGGCGGAUUUCAACAUUACCGUCCUAGAGCACCCGCCUAUCAAGACACAGUACAACCAGACUAUGUGCAGCUACCCAGGCUAUUGGUACUACAAAGAGGGCGAUGAUUACGCCCACUCAAACUGGUACUGGCACAUAAUGGGCGCCCGCUUGGCUUUCGUGGUCGUUUUCGAGAACGUGGUGGCGCUGGUGAUGAUAAUCGUCCGCUGGGCGAUACCGGACAUGUCCGGCGAGCUGCGCGACCGGAUCCGCCGCGAGGCGUACGUCAUCAACAGCUUCAUACUGGACGAGACGCGGGCGCGCACGCUCGCCGAGCGCAUAGAGCCGCUCGCGAGCGCGAACGCACUCGCGAACGCGAACGCACACGCGAGCGCGAGCGCGAACGCACACGCACACGCGCAGCCGACAGACGACAGGACCGGCGCCGACUGGAACCACAUCGCCUCCCUCUCCGGCUCGGACUUCGACCUGGCCGCCCACGGCGACCACCAGAACAUAGCGGACAUCGCAGCGCGGCCGGGCGGCUCGCCCAGCCCGGCGCACGUG